UACCUCCUGUCGUAUUUUGUAAAGAUGUCGGUGGACAUUUUGAAGAGGACAUUGAAUGCUGUUGUUGUGGAACUCGCGCAUCACAUUGGGUUCGAAAAAGCAAAUUUGGAUGCCAUAGAUAUCUUGUCAGAUGUACUCUUCAGAUACCUAAAGGCAAUAUCUGAUGCUAUUGCAAAGCUUGCAAUUGACGAUGGCUACUUCAGCCUGGUUGACGGUGUUGCUAUCUUGGAGUUGAUGAACGAGCCGCUUUCUGAUUUGGUGUUAUUUGCCACCGAAGUGGGUCGAGUUCUUCCAAAACCCGUGGGGCAUAUGUGUUUGCCUCUCGUCGGUAGAGUUGCACUAGCAAUACCUCCAAAGCACAAACAGAUUGUGGUGGAUAACAUCCAUCAACUGCAUCUGCAGAAGUCAAGUAAACCGGGAGAUCUUCCCGCCGAGUCUGUCCCUGAUGAGAAAAAUAAUGGAGGUGGUAUGAAUACAUCCGCGUCGACUCAGAGCCGCGUGGAGCGUAGCCUGCCACAUUGGGCAGGUCGUGUGAACUAUCGCCUGACAAGGGUUACCUAUGACGCAAAGCUAUGUGCCCUGGUUGAGCACGAAUUGCCUCCACCGAUUACUCCGGCGAUCCCCCCACCUAAAAUCCAAUCAUAUAUGAAAAGACGCUCGUCUCGAUCAACUGUAUCAGUAUUUCGCAAACCACAGAUUGAUUCUUCGUCAUCACAGGACCCCUUGAUUCUCUCUAGCUCGAAACCUAAUCGUACCUCGGAGGAAGCGUGGGCGGCCGCCUUAAAAGUUCCCGUUCCAUCGCCUCCAGUGCCGGGUAGAAAAACUAUUGUAACUAUGUCGCCAACGGCUUCAAUGGAUACGAUGACAACACUACUUAAAGGGACUUCUGGUAGUGUUCAGUCCAUCGCCUCGACAAAUUACGGGCCCACAUCUCCAAGGACUACUAAUCGUAAACCUCUCCUACGCUCAAACCGACGUGGCUUCCUGAACCGCAAGAAGCGGUUUAACUUUGGUCGGAGGCGGCCUCAAAUAACACCGCGUCAUUUAAAGCACCAAACAGCACCUAAGUAUUCUCCGGUGCUUGAGAUGAAAGAGGGGAAAGGCGAAGACCUUCAUGAAUUCUCUGAUCAUGGUAAUAGUCCCCCCGCUGGUUUCACUGAUUUCUCCAGUCCGUGUUCUGCUGUCGGAAAUAAAAUAUUUGAUGAAACUAAUGAUGAUGACGACAUAAUUGAUACUAACGCUGCUGGUUCCGUCCCGGGAGAGCAUUCUAUUGUAUCAAAAGGCUCCCUCCUUACCUCCUUUGCUUCAACUAAACCACCAACCCCAUCAUUACUCAAGCACGCGUCCAGUCUCAUGCCCACUACCCCGGUAAAAAGUGCGGCUGAAGUCACAUACAGUGUAAAAUCUGCAGGAUCGUCUCCGAUCCCCACCAGUAAUCUAACUCCGAUCGGUUUACCAAAAGCACAGGACACUUUUGAGGGUAUGCGCAGCACCCCUCCUAGCGAUGAUGGAAUGCGGAAAAGCGAUAUUGUCGACUCACCUGCCGUCUCGGACUCAUGCACCGAACCUUUAGUGGACGAAGAACUAAGUCGAGGUCUUGAGAUGCCACGUGUUUUCAACUUUCCACCGACUCGGCGGCGCUCCAGUUUAUUCUCAUCGUCAUCUCCCACCUCAUCCUCUUCCUCUACUUCCUCUUCACUCUCCUCUUCACCGGCGGUGGAAUCCUCAAUGCCACAAGCUCCUUCAGUUUCUCGGCCCCCACCUCUCAGUUCGCAUAUUUCUCCCAUCUCACCUACGCCUCCCACUCAUUCUGCUGCAAAACAGCUGCUAGCCGAACAUUCUUCCCGUGUGUCCUCGUCCCUGCCCAAUUCCCAAGCUUCACAACCUGCGCCAAUUUUUAACCGGGUUACAGAAGUCACAAAAGCUCUUCCUGCUGCAGCUAGUGCUGGUGGAGGUCUUCGUAUAAAAAUCCGCCUGGGAGGGCCGGAUGGCGAGGGUAUGAGUGUUCACUCCAGUGAGCCCGCCUUCACGAACACGAACUCCAGUUCACCGAGCAGCAGUAGUAGCAGCAGCAGUGUUUCAACAGCGAUGAGCCCGAGCCAGGACUCGGACUCUGAAGCCUUAGCUCGACGUCAUGCUGCCAUCCCUCCCGCUCUCGUGGUCAAGGGAGUGGGGAAUGGACAUAGUCCACUUCCUGCCUCCACGAUUAGAAGAGAACACCAGGAGUGUGCAAACGCGGUCCCACAGCACUCAUCUAGCAUUGACGCCAAGGCCCCGAAGUUAGUUAUCAAGUUUGACAACUUAGGACAUGGUUCCACCAGUAUUGUGCGUUCAUUCGAUCAACAAAUGUCUCAGCCAACUUCUACGCUCCAUCACGAGAAGCUCCGUGGCAGUAGUAUUAGCAGUCUUGGGAGCAGUAGCUCUUCGUCGUCAAGCCAGACUUCCGACGAAGAUGAAGAAACUUUUACCAACACCAAGAUUCCCCCUCCACCUAGCUUGGAGAGACUGUCGAGCGUAAGGUGUCACGAAGCGCGACUAAUACACCCACCAGUGCUCUCAUUACUUAGUCAGCCGACAAGGGAGAUGACAACCAGCGAGGACAGGAAAUUACCACCAUCUCUCCGCCCACUGCACACUCCACUACCGCCCCCUCUUCCGAAAUUGACAUCUUCGACCGUGACAAAGAUUCUCCUACAUUCUCCCGCCUCGUCUCUUGGGAGAACCAGUACUAAAUCUCGCUCGAAGAGCGGGAAAAGGGGGUCUAGAGGGAGCUUCACACAAGAGCUUCCACCACCGAAGCUUGACGCUCUGCUUCCGUCCUGUGGCAAGCGAGCACGUGUUGACUCGGUAUUCACGGACGACGAGGAAGACGAGGAAUACGAAGCGCACGCAGGCGACGGAGAUGGUGUGAGUGUGCGUUCACGAGACAGUCGUCGCAGUCGUCAUCGGAGACACCGAAGUGCCAAGCGGAGAAAGACUGGGACCGGCCUAAGCCUAAAAGCACCACAGCUCCCCCCAUCGACACCAGCAGUAACUACCCAAAUUAUAGCUUCGUCGGCGGGCACGUCCUAUUACUUCAAUAACAAUGGUGAGCAGAUUUGGCUGUGCCCCAUUUGCCGCACAGAAGACGAUGGAAAUCUAAUGGUCGGAUGCGAUAAUUGCGAUGACUGGUAUCACAGAGUAAGUUUUCGCGACAGCAAACGUAAACUCAACGUUCUUUUGUUUUCCUCUGUUUACAGUAGCUGCCUGGGUCUCGUGAAAGAGCCAGAUGCGGCUCAGUGGUUCUGUCCGAAGUGUUCCAACGAACGCCAAACGACAUCUUCGAAGAACAUAAGCGCACGCACAAAGCCCCCUCCAUCGAAGAAAUUACCACCAUCUUCCAGUAGCCGUCACCCCAAGCGAUGA